AUGCAGGAUCAAGCUACAAGUUCAAUUAUAUUUAUUGAUGACACUUCUGAUGAUAAUAAUGAUGAAAGGAUAGCAAAAGUAUCAAAUUAUACUGCUACUAAUAUACAGGAUCCUCUUCAAGGAAUACGUAUUCACAGGAUAGAUUUCAAAGAAUUAUUGCAAGAACUAUCUAUAUCUAUCAGGAAGGAAAUCAGUUAA